UAACCAGUUUCUGGAUAUCGGCAGGUCUUGCGGUAUUGAGUUGACGUCGAGAUUGGCGUCAGUUGAUUGGCCAAGGUGAUUCCUCAAUAUUGACUUGCCAGCCGCCCAAGACUCAAUCAUAUCUACCUACCGGCAUGUGCGCGGAGAUCAGCCGUCGCGUCUUUUAUUACAACAUGAUUCGAUGCGUUGGAUACUGAAUUCCACAGUUAUUUGACCAUAAUGCACUCUUGAAUCCCAUGUUAUCCUCGAGUUCAGCAAGUGAUGAAAAGGUCGAUGUAUGGACGGCAGAACGAUGCGAGGCUCUCCUUCUACGGCUCUUAAGCCGGCUCAAGACCCUACGAGCAGAGAAGUCGAACAGCGAUAUAAAUUCUUCUAAAUUGAUGCUGAAAAAGGAUACGAGAGCAGCGGACACCUUGGACGCGAAACUUGAAGAGCCGGAUUGGGUAGAACCCCGACAUUUGAAACGAGGAUAUGGGAACGGCAAACGAUCGAUUCGUGGCAGCGCCGCUGGCCCCAAAGUAUUACCUCCUCCUCGGCGUUCUAUUCAGCGCCCUCGUCUUGAGCCUUGCUGUGGCAAGAAUGGGACACUAAAGGGACCUGAACAACACAACUCGCAAGCAGUGAUCGUUGCAUUCGCGGCCAUCCUUCGCGAAACAUCCGAACAUCAUGGCAACGAUGACACUAUCGGCCAGGGCCAAAAUAAUCAAUCCGGAAGGACGAACGAAACCCCCAAGACGGGCGCCAGGUCAUUGUUCGCGAUUGCUCUUAACCGAAUCCCUUACGACGACCAUGAAUAUGAAGGAUUCGAUGGCCCCUGUGGAAUGUACUACUUCCUGGAGGACCAGUUCAGCUCUUCCCACGGAUGGCCCGGUCUGAAGGCGGUUUUGCGAGCUCACUCCAUCAAAUUGAUCGAAGAGGCGAUUCGGUAUGAUUUUCCCCCGGCCACUGCCAUAUCGAGUCUUUCUUCGGUGCUUGGUGAUCCAAAUAAAAACUCAUUACUCAAUGAGUAUGAAAGUCCGGGAAUCAGCUUGGAACUGCUUAGGGCCUCCCAUCGAGCCGGCCUCCAUGACGUGGGCAUGGACACUUUUCAACGCUGUGUCUUUCCCACGAACAAUUGGUGUCCAGUGAAAGGGCUUCUAGCCCAGAUUUCGCUGGGAGCUUUGGAAUCCUUCACAGGUCCCAUGUGCGUCGUGUAUUGGAAGACAUUCCUUAAACCUCUUCUCUGGAAGUCACACGAGCCGUUUGAGGCAUGGACCGCAUUACGGGCAAUAUUGAGAUUCUCUUGGGAUAUCCCAAGUUCGUCGGGGGAGUAUAAGCUAUAUGCCCAUGAGAGAGACGAGCUUGUGGGAUCGUUCCUGGCUGUGGUUAAGCACCGCAUGUCGACCCUAGUAGCUGAUUCGAUGCUCUUCCACGUCAAUUGCGAAAAGGAGCGACUCCAGGAAACCCAACAGAACCUCGAGAUAACUAUCUUAGACUUCGCUGGAGUGGAAUGGGAUAGCCUAUGCGUUCCUGAAUGCUGCAUGGUCCUUGCUGUGUUUUGUGCAGGUCUCAUUCUCCGAAUACUUACGCGGCGGCCGCCACCGCAUCUCUUCCCUCUCCCCAUAGUGGAACUUGUGGGCUUACUCCAUCAGCUCAGUAAUAGGAACGGUGUACCAAUGAAUUUCCUGCCAUCAUUCAUCAAUGGGAUCGCUUACGAUAUCGACCUAUUUACCUCACCUCGAUGGCGGAUUCCCGGUCACAGGCACCUUGCAACAGGGCUGCUGCACAUUGCCGGGAUCCAAUUGAUUGAGCACGGCAAGAACAGCGAUGGAGUUACGGACAGUGGUGACUCCGGGUGUACCAUUGCGCAAUCCGUUUUCCUCUGCAGACUUGCGCUUGAUCUCAUACUCGCGCGUUCAGUCAUACGUUCAAACAAGGGGGAUGACCAAGUCCUUCUGGAUGUCAUGAAACGAUCCAUACAAAUGCACCCAACCAUUGCAACGGAGCUUUGGACAAACAUGGACACCAGCGAGACACAUAUCGCGACCCCAAGCACUCUGGAGAGGAGACGAAUGGAAUUCCUCAGUUAUCGGUGGGAGUCGGGCGUUGAUGAAUGGGUCGCAUCGACUCCGACCCGUUCGAGGAAAGAUGCUUCCACGAAGACUACCAGAGAACCCCCCCCAGAGCAGCAAGAGCCAGCCCCAAUUUCGCCCAAACCGUCAGAUAUAGGGCUAAGUCGACCAAUUCCAGGUCUCGGUCGCGCUCGCCGUGGUAGCGUCCAUGACUUCAAAGCAGCAGACGAUAUUCAGUCACCACUGCGAAAGAGACCCAAGUAUCAUGAUGAGGAGGGGUUCGAGUUCAGAUACGGACGUCGAUCCAGUGUACAGGACACGAAAGAGCUAUAAGAUUCAGCACCCGUAGCUUCAACCGUUCAGGGUCAACGAUGACAUAUUCCGGCACUCCUAUACCUUUUCUUUAACCCAAUUUAAAACCAAGGCCUCAAUUCACUGGUCAUAAACGGUGCGACUGGACCCAGAUCUAUGUGUCAAGGUUGCAUUUUCUAUAAGUACACCUAAAUGCUUAUACGUUGAGGCUAUAACCACUGGCCGUCCGACUCGCCGCGUUCCAACGUUUAUAAGCCUUGCGGCCCUCGUCCGCCCAGAAAACCAGGCUAGCAACGAGGAGCAGCCGGAUCCAAUCCAGGAUCCCAAUGGCCUCCGUCUGAAAAAUGCUCUGCAGCGGCGGGAAAUAGAUGACUGCGCACUGCCCCACCAACGAGCCCGUCACC